AUGGUCCCAUCAAGCACUCAAUCAGACACCGUUGAUGCCCUUCUUACCACCGCUGCUGCUGUGCAUCCCCCUACUCCCCUCACCUGCCUCAUCUGCCUCAUGUGCCUACCUCACCCCUCUUCUCCUACUACUGUGACCAUGCCCCACCAAGUCACCUUCUCACCCAACUGCUCCCACUUCUCCCUCCCAUCCCUUUCUGACCUGCCAUGCCACACACCUCAUAGCGCUCACAUAACCCACCAAGCGCUUCACCACCACUACUUCCCUUUUCACCUAAGUGCUACCCCUGCUCCCCCUCCCAUCCACCCCCCUGCUCCCCCUCCCAUCCCUCUCCUCACCUGUCACGCCACGCGCCUCACAGCCCUCUCCUCAUGCCCCGCCAGGCAUUUCACCACCACUGCUGCCACUCGAAUCCGCACCCCCUCCUUCCCCUCCUCACGCCCCCUCCACCAGGCCAAUGGGUGGGUGACACGUGGCAUGUGGGAGGAGGAUGUGAGAAGAGGCGCGUGUAGGGCCAGUGGUGGCAGUGUGUAUGGUGGAGACAGGGAGUGGGCGAACGAGUAUGGGUGCAACGGCGCCAUCCCCACCUUCCUCUCCUUGCCUCCUCGUUCUCCCAUCACACCCCCCACUUUCUCUCUCUCCUUCCCUCAUGGUGGUCACUCUAUUUCCCCUUCUUCUCCCUCCCCUCCACACAUCCCUCACUUGCUCUCCCUCCCUCCUCCAUCGCCACUGCAGCAGGCUAACGUCACAUAUGUUGCUGUCGUCAGGCAUGGCGUCACCAUCCGCGUCACACCUCCCAGCACCGAGAGGCGUUCUCAGGGCGGCAGUUGCUGCCCCAACGUCCAUUCCACCAUGGCAGGCCCCGCUGCGAGAAUUCUGUGGCACUGGGUGGCUGAGAGGGGCGGGAAAAGGGAUAGGUGGAGGAGGGGGAAAGAUUGGAAGGCCAUGGAGAGGGGAAAGAGAGGGGAGAGAGGGAGAGAGGGCAGAGAGGGGAGAGAGGGGGGAGAAAGUGGGCGAGUGGUAAGUGCAGGGCCUGAUGCCGUUGCUCAGCAACAAGCAUGGUAG